AUAACGUCAACCAACGAAGACAUUCUUAUUUUGACACAUCAUUAAAACUUUUCAAUUGUCUUAGUAAAAAAUCUUGAUUUAAUAUUGAACGAAUUCUUAGAAAGCACAAAUAUUUUGUAUAAAUGAUAAUUGAUCAUUUCUAAAGAGUGUAUUACAUUUGUAACGUUUCAAACCAUGUACUAACAAUAUGGGGUAUGCAAUCCCUCUGCGUUUGUUACUAAAUCUUCCGACCUGUAACAAAAAUGAUAUGAAUAUUUUAAUAAAGCUGUGAACUUCGCCUAUACACGAUGUCAGAAGUUAAAGGAACGAAAGCUUUGGAAUUAUGGUGCAAACGGCUGGUGAAAGAUUGUCCAGAUGUUCAAAUUGAUAAUAUGACAACUUCAUGGAGAAAUGGAAUGGCUUUUUGUGCACUCGUUCACCAUUUUAGACCGGAUUUAAUAGAUCUAUCUAAAUUAAAACCGGAGAAUAUAUAUGAAAAUAAUGAACUAGCAUACAGAAUUGCUGAAAAACACUUGGGCAUUCCAGCUCUUUUGGACCCUGAAGAUAUGGUAGAGAAUGAUAUACCGGACAGACUGUCAAUUUUAACAUAUUUAUCCCAGUUCUACCAACGACUAGGGCAUACUGUGAACACAAAAGCAUCCGAAAGUGAGCCUAAAGUAUCAUCAUCAUCAACUAAUCAAGCAUCAACUCCGAUCAAAUUUGGAAAAGUGGCUCUAGAUAAAUGUGCUGCAUGUGGUUUGCCUGUCUACUUGGCACAAAGACUAAUGGUGUCACAGAAGUUGUAUCACAGGAGAUGUUUCCGUUGUUCGAAAUGCUCUGGCCAUUUGAACCCAAAAAAUUAUCAUGUCAUUAACUCAACUGAGUUUUCCUGUGAUACAUGUAAAAAUGAAAAAAAUACACCUAAAUUAAUUAACAACAAUGAUCAAAUAGGAAUGCUGGCAUUCAGUACUGAUGUGAAUUCAAGUCAAGGUCUUAAAAAUGAACAGCCAGUUAGUACAAAAACUUUACCAAGACCACAAUCAAUAUUAGAAAAAAUAAACAUGUUUGAAAAAAACAUAGGAAAAGACACCAAUAUACAGGAUAAAGUAGUAAAUAUUAGUUUAAAAAAUAAUUAUAAUGAUAAGUAUAAUGAUAUAGAAUUGUAUAAAUCAAAUGAACCUGUUAAGAUGGAUAGUCCAGAUAUGGAAGCAAUAAAUAAACAAUUUGAUUUAACUCACAUAGAAGAUAAUAAUUUACAAUUAGAGAGUGACAGUAUUUAUAGUAAAAAUUUGCCUGAAAAAUCUUACAGGAGUAAUAAAGACCAAUUCAAUUUUUUACAAACUCAAUUAUCUGAUGAGACUUUAGAUGCUGUUGUUACUUCCAACAGCCAAAAAGACGAUAAUGCUAUACAUAUCAAAGAUGACUGUGUUACAAAUAAUUUAUUAACUAAUCCUGAAGAAAAUGGCAUAUCACUCCAUUCCAUCCAAGAUGAAAAUAAUAUAACUGAUGAUAUUAGAUUAGCCCAAAAUAGUAUUAUUCCAGCAAAUAUAGACACGCUGUUACCAUCAAAUGAAUUACUUAACAAUAAUCAAGAAAUGACUAUAAGUGUACCACCAAGGAGAAAAAAGCAAAUCUUAAUUGAUAAGAAACAGGAUAGUAUGCUUGGAAGUGUAGAAAAUUCUCCAUCUAAAGCAACAACGCGACCGCCUAUUAAACCUCUUGAAGAAUACCCUGAUGACUUAAAUCCAUUUUCUGAUGAGGAUGAGGAGGAGCAUGAUGAAACUGAAAUGCCAAGAAGAGUAAGCACCAACCCAUUUGGGAGCAGUGACGAGGAUGAUGAUGAUGUUCCACCCAUUCAAUCACCACCUAAAGUACCUGAUAUUAAAUCAUCAACUCCUACGAACAAACUUAUUAAAGCCUACAAUCCUUUUUGGUCGGAUGGAGAGGAACCUUCUUCAGAUGAAGAAGCUUGUAAUAAGCGUUCCAAUAUGCACAAAUCGUCGAUAACGACAAGUACACCAAACCUCCCAGCGAGUACACCACGCCGGAAACCGAAAGCACCGCCGCCACCGCCAGUUAUCAUCGCUGAAUACUUAGACGUCCCUUCCACCUCCAUGGACGAUGUGGCCAGCAUAUCGUCAUUUAGCUCGCACACCUCCACAAUACACUCUGACCAGAAGUCCAUCGGCAAGUCAACCCCGAAGUUAAAGAAGAAACGGCCAGCGCCCACUCCUCCAGACAGUCUUUCAACGCUGUCAGGAUGUGGAGAAUCGUCUUUGGAAAAAGGCGUUGAUUUAUCAGAUUUACGCAACAUAUCGGAUGCAGCCCGUCGUGUGAAAGGCCCAGCGCCAGGGCUACCGCUCCCAGAACGGCGCGCGGUGAAGAUGCAGAUGACACCCGAACAACUGCAGGUACAGCUGGACCUUCUGGAGACUCAGCAACUGGGCCUUGAAAGACAGGGCGUCCUCAUAGAGCAGAUGAUCCGCGACAAGUGUGAGGGUGACGACGGCCCCACCGCGCCACAAGAGGAAGUAGAAGAUCUAGUAAUACAGCUAUGUGAACUAGUCAACGAGAAAAAUGAUCUGUUUAGGAAGCAGACGGAGCUAAUGUACAUUCGAAGGCAACAACGACUGGAACAAGAGCAAGCUGAUAUAGAGCAUGAAAUCAGGGUUUUGCAGUCACGGCCCGCUGUUAACAGAAUCGAUGCGGACAAGGUGCGUGAGGAACAGCUAGUGUCACGGCUGGUGCAGAUCGUGCGCCUGCGCGACGAAUUAGUGCAGCAGAUAGACGCCGAGCGACAACGCGAGCGUCAGGAGGACUGUGCUAUCGCCGCCUCCAUCGCAUCCAAGAGAGCUCAAAGGAAUAGCGAGUCUAAUAGUUCAUCUAUGAAAUCAGCCGAUGCAGUGUCGCCGGUGAAGAAAAACAAAGUAAAGGAUAAAGUUAAAAAACAAUUGAAAAAGGCUAAACACACGUUAUAUUCUAAGAAAAAAGACGACGACAAAACUGAAAAAGACAAGAAAUCAAAAUGAUUAUAAAUAAUAACACUUUUUUUAAUCUACUUCACUAACAUAGAUCUUUUAAGUUAAUUAUUUAAAUUCACAACUUGCAUUUUCAAUGCGGAAUUAAGGGUUAUUCCAAAUAAGCCGGAUAGUGACGUGCCGUUGACGCUACUUGUAAAUUUAUGCUCUCUGAGUUGCACGAAAGCAGCCGCUAAGUUCGCCUUUUUAGAAUUUGUGUUUUGCGUGGAAGAUUCCGGCUAAUUUGUACACACCCUCUAACUUAAACAUCGUGUCGAUAUAAAGACGCUUAAAGUACUUAAGAAGACUGAAACAUUCCAUAAAAAAUUUAGUUGUAUAAAUUAAAUGGUUAGAAAUUCUUGGAUAUCCAAAAAUUAAUUGUCUGCAUUGUAUGAAUUCAGCUAAAUUAAAUUAAAUUGCACUACAUAUAAUUACUAUAUUCCUAAGUUGAGAUGUAUCCAAGGCUGGUUGGAAGUAACUAUUUUAGAGAACUACCGUAUUCAUAAUAUUGAAAAAACUGUUCCGAAAAUUUUCUCGAAUCCGUAUUUUUUGAGAAAUUAACUGCACAAAUUUUACAAAAUACGCAGUAUAACAUAAGUAAAACGGAUAUAAUCGGAUAUGAUAUGAUUAUACAUACGUACAUUUAAAGUCAAACGGAGUAACAGAACACUAUGCCACCAGAAUAAAGAAUAAGGUACUAAAUAAAUAAAUAAUAUUAAAUCAGUUAACACACACGUUAACGCGCGCACUCACACACACUUAAAUGCGAUGUCAAUUCAUUUCAAUUAGUUAGGGUUGGCACAUUUUUUAAGGUUAUUUAUAUAUGAAUACUGACAUUUA